GAGAGAGAGAGAGAGAGAGAGAGAGACAUCAUGAACACUCUGUAGGAGUCAGAUUCAGCAGCCUCUCUCAGCUUCAGUUCAGUUCAAUAACGUUUUGUAUUAUCUAAGGCAGAGAUUUCAGAAAUCUAAUGCCACCAUACAGGAGGUUUCAGCUGCUUGCCUUUCGGACCAAAUUCAGAUGAGGCUUCGUGUAAAGCACCGCAGUGAUCAAAUCUCAGCCGCCGGAGAUGCCAAGAGCUGCUUGGGGCCAUUUUAGCCCGCUGUUAAAGACCUGAGCCACAUUUCUGAACAGAUUUGGACUCGUUUUUGGAUUAAUACAGGCUUUACAGCAUGGCUUUGGUAACUCUGCAACGAUCUCCGACCCCGAGCACGGCCAGCGCGGGCACCGCGAACGCCGAGACGGAUUUUGGGAGUGAGGAUGACAGAAGGCUAAAUCAGAGUCUGAGCGAGAGCUUUUUCAUGGUGAAGGGAGCUGCGUUGUUCCUGCAGCAGGGCAGCAGUGCGCAGGGUCAGAAGACUCACUCUCACCAUAAACAUGCAGGAGAUUUACCUCAGCACCUACAGGUGAUGAUCAACAUUCUUCGCUCAGAGGAUCGAAUCAAACUGGCUGUGCGGUUGGAGAGUGCUUGGUCAGAUCGUGUGCGCUACAUGGUGGUGGUUUACACCAGCGGCAGACAGGACACGGAGGAAAACAUUCUGCUGGGGAUGGACUUUAACAAUAAAGACAGCAAAAGCUGCUCUAUAGGGAUGGUUCUUCCUCUUUGGAGCGACACAAAGAUCCAUUUGGAUGGAGACGGGGGUUUCAGCAUGACGACAGCAGGACGCACACACAUCUUUAAACCUGUGUCGGUUCAGGCCAUGUGGUCAGCUCUGCAGGUGCUGCACAAAGCUUGUGAGGUGUCACGGCGAUAUAACUACUUCCCUGGUGGAAUUGCACUCACCUGGAUGGGAUACUACGAGAGCUGCAUCUGUUCCGAACAGAGCUGCAUCAACGAGUGGAACGCCAUGCAGGACCUGGAGUCCCUGCGGCCCGACUCACCUGCCAUGUUUGGAGACAAGCCGACGGAGAGAGAGCGAACCGAAAGCCUAAUCAAAACCAAACUCAGGAGCAUCAUGAUGCUGCAGGACCUGGAGAAUGUGACAUCAAAGGAGAUCCGUAAUGAGCUUGAGCAGCACAUGAACUGCAAUCUGAAAGAGUACAAAGAGUUCCUUGACAACGAGAUCCUGCUGAUCCUGGGUCAAAUGGAUAAAGCCACGCUCAUAUUCGACCACCUCUACCUGGGAUCUGAAUGGAACGCUUCCAAUCUAGAGGAGCUACAGGAGGCAGGGGUGGGCUACAUUCUUAAUGUCACCCGGGAGAUCGACAACUUUUUCCCGGGGACUUUUUGUUACCACAACGUGCGUGUGUACGACGAAGAGACCACGGACUUGCUGGCGCACUGGAACGAGACAUACAACUUCAUCAUUAAGGCAAAGAAGAACCAAUCCAAGUGUCUGGUCCACUGUAAGAUGGGUGUAAGCCGCUCAGCAUCCACAGUCAUAGCCUAUGCCAUGAAAGAGUACGGCUGGACCCUGGAGAAGGCCUACAACUUUGUCAAACAGAAACGCAGUAUCACAAGGCCCAACGACAGCUUCAUGAGACAGCUGGCUGAAUAUGAGGGCAUUUUGGAUGCAAGCAAGCAGCGUCACAAUCGGCUUUGGCAUCCAGACAUCCAGACUGAGUGCGAUCACCCUGAUUGUCAACGUCCAGCAGCACCCUGCUGCGCUGACCCCUUAUCCCCAGGUGCCAGUCCUUCCUGCUGUGAAGCUGCUGCCCACUCAUCACCCCUUGCUUUGGAACUUGACCCGUCUAACCCCCAAAACUCCAACUACUACUUCCGGCGUCUGUCAGACUCUGCUCUAGACAGUGAACCAUCAACACCAGUGCGUAUGCCACCGCCUCUGCUGGAUGUGGAUCGCGUUUACAUUGAGAUAGAGGAUGUAGAACGUGAUGCCCUGUUGGAUGAUGAGGCAUUUGAAACACCCCGCUUCACUGCACCUACCGGAGAGGGCACAGCAGCGCAGACUUGCUCCCGGGGUGCUGAACCUCUGGAGGAGCUGCGCCUGCGCCUUGAAUUCAGCACAGUAGAAGAGGAAGAUGAGGAGGAGGCAAAGAAAGAACAGGAGGAGAUGCAGGCACUGGCUGAGGGGGGGAGGAGAGAGAGAGAGGGUGGUAUAGGGGUGGAGAGUAGACUCGAUGUGGGUAACAUGAAUCACCUGUGCAACGAGAACUCCAACAACAACAACCACCUCAGAACCCGAAACAGUCUUGCUGAGAGUACCCUUAAGAAGCAGCCAUCUAAAUCAAUACCAGUGUCCAGCUCUCUCACAUCCCCAUCCCCCAGUACUGUCUCAAAUGCCAGUGCACAUGGCCCUGCUCCUUUACCUCCCUGUGUUGUGCCUAGUGUCUCAGUUAUAGUGCCAUCUCGCACCAACAUUGCAGUCAAGGCCAUCACACCUACACGACUAUGGCCUUGUGACCCAAACUGCAAGUGUACCAAGUGCAGCAAGACAGUUUCGUGCAUCUCUUCAGCCAUUCAACCCUUGGUGCAUAAGGACAAGUCUGAAAGCCAGUCACAAAAAUCUAAUAUUCAGCAAACACAGGAUACAAAAUUGGGCCAAGUGGUCAAAGAGACUGAAUGUUCAACAAGUACCGACAAGGCAAAAGAGAAGUCUCCAGGUCUACCCAGAGAAGGGAGCUCACAGCAACAGCAAGAGUCACUAGACCAGCUGCAUAGGUCUGGCCUCGUCAGGCGGCGAGCUGAGAGGCUGGAGAAACUUUCAGGUUUGUUUCAGGAACGUUUCCGCGAACAUGCAAGUACUGCUGUACGAGAAUCUGCUGAGACACCGGAGCGUGCUUCUGCCUCUGUAGACACUUCAUCUGGAAUGUUCUGUACUCCAGCAGACUUUUGGACAUCAGUGCCUCCUGUAGUUGAAGACUCUGGAGCACUGACGCCAGUUUCAUCCCCACAUGGCUCCACACUGACACGCAGCUCAAGCAGUGACAGUAUCCGCAGCAUUCGUGGAAAGCCAGGUCUGGUGCGCCAGCGGGCACAGGAGAUAGAAGCUAGGAUGCGCCUGGCUGGACUCACAGUGCCUUCUCGUCUAAAGCGCUCAAACUCUUUAGCCAAGCUCGGCAGUCUCACCUUCUCGACAGAGGACCUGUGCUCCUCGGCAUGCUCUUCUGAUGUUGGCACCCUUCUUCUUCUCACACUCUCCCCAGAGCCGGAGGGCACUAUUAGUCCAGAUUGGGAUCGUGCCAAUCUCUGCUCUGUCUCUACAGCCAUGGAGCUCUUGAGUCCAGGAGCAACAGGAACAACUGAGCCCCGAAGCUGACAGUAAGAGAGGGGGAUUUGUGCAAGAGGAUGCUGUACUUGGACAAAGAUUCUCUACCUGAAAACCUUCUCAUAAAAGGUGAAGAUUGGCCAUCUGCAGACCAAUUUCCAGGUUGGGUUUGCAGUAAGCUGAUCUCUGUAAUGGGUGGAUUGGAGAAGGUCCUGCUGGAGUUCUUGUAACUUAUGUGGAAGGAAUAUGCUUUACCCAAAUUUAAAUGUAGAUUUGGGGGAAAACAGGGUUUGCAACAUAAAAACUGCUGUCCCAAAAUCCUUUCCUCUUAAUUGGAAGGAUUGACCAUCUUCAAAUUGCAUCCAAGGGAACAACCCACUGAUUCUUAUGACUUGCAUGAAAGGACUGCACAAUAGAUGAACUAACAUAUAGAGCUGGGAAUGAACAGAAUGAAAAUGCUGUGAAUAUUAAAAGUAUGCUACUCAAGGAAACAGGAUAUCCAAAUAUUUCGACAAGGCUCUUGUGGUUUUAAGGCUUUUGUAGCAUGGAACUGGAGCUAUAAAUGUGUGAUAAAAAACUACUUGUACACCGAGUGCUCUUCGGCCAAGCAUCCAAGGAUACCAUUGCAUUGGUUCCCCUUCCUGCUGAUCAGCCAUAUUUCACAUGAAAUUGCUACCUGUUGUCUAAUCGUCUACACGUCUCAGUCUGGUUCAGUGUGAAUUCCAUCUUCCUGCUUACUCACAUUUUGAUGACACUCUGGAUACUUCUGAACAGCAAAGAGAAAGGAAUUUUCAAAUCACUGUUGGUUACCUAGCGUGUGCUGAGAAGUUGCUCUAGAAUGUAAGAACUCAAUUCUGUUUCAAUCUUUCUGCUGUUCACACUGCUCUGUAUAUCAGCAGAUGUUGCUGGAGAUACCUAGCUGUAUUUUGCUCUGGUCUGAAUUCCAUGGUUCAUUUUACCACUGAAUGUUGACACUGGGCACAUGAUGGCGGUCUCAUAAGGUCUCAUUUAAAAUAUUAUAUUUAAAACACUAAGAUGUGUUUGUGUCUGUGUUUUGGAGAAACAUUGGUUGAUAUUUUAUCUUAGACACUCGUUUGCUUGAAUGCUUUAAUAUGGAAGGUAGCGCUUCCAGGGACUUUUUUGGCAUCUGUCAAAACUGUGACACAAUGACGACAAUGCAUUUGGGCUCUGUUUAAAUCGCUCUAGUCAUUUACCCAAGUUCUGGGUUAGAUGAUAAGAAAGUAAACCUGGUUCUCAUGUAACAUCAGAGUUAUUUUUUGCAGCAGUAAUAUUCUUUAAGGGCAGCUCCUGAAAAACCCUUAACUUGGCACACAGUCAAUGUGUUCACAGGUCUACUGAGAUAUAGCACAAAAUAAAUAAAAAAUCUCCACAAACACGCCAACAACAAACCAGCAACACAUAUCAGUGGAUGCUAAAACAUCCUAUGAACGUAGCAUUAACAUGCUUUUGGAAAAUCAGCUCCAGACAAGAUACCCGAGCAAUCACAGUUACUCUGCGUUCACACUAGCAAGCAGGUGUUAGUUCGUUUUCAGAGUUGUGAUUUCAGCAAUAAAUAAUUUGGGACAGACAUUUGAAUUUCUCAAUUUGGCUCAAAUUAAUGAUGCUGUGGUCAAACACAGGAGACAGUCAACUUUGCUGGCCAAACAUCACCACGGGUUGCUGUCUUCCUAAAUCUUACCCUUACAACUUCAGUUCCUACAUGCAUUCAGUUAAGUCUGCAUUCCUCCAAUUCAGCUAAAAAAUUAAAUAGAAGUUGCGUCAGUUUUAUAUCAUUUUAUUAAUAACAUGGGAUUUAGACGCAAAAAACAUAGGGAUUUAUAUGAUUUUGUAUAAAAAAAUUCAUUAUUGUAUAAAUACACUAGAGUGUACACACCUCGGUUACUACCAUUUUCCAAGGAAUAAAACAACCCAGUGGUGAUGUGUAGAUUAUUUUCCUAUAGCAUCAUGUGUCUAAAAUGUUUUAGUCCUUACUUUUUGUCCAUUUAUAGUUCAAAGUUACAUAAGUGAAACCUGAUGCAUUAGUACUGCUGUAAAACGUAAUUUCCUCAUUUUCUCUUUAAAUUAUUUAAACAUUACUUUCUCUUACAAGCACUGACAUUGGACACAACAUUUCUCCAUAUCAACAAUUGGACAUUUUUUCUUAGUUAAAUAGCAACACUUUAUUGUUAGAUUUAGAUUGUAGUGUGUUUGCAAUACAAGUAUCUGUGAAGGUGCUGUUACUAUGGAAACAGUGUAUUAGGAAAAAGUGCAUUAAUAUAAACCUGUGAUUUGCCUUACAGACAGAACUGCUAUCAAAACUGUACAUUAAAUUAUACAGUAAAACCAGACCUAUCGGGAAUUAGAACACAACAGCAGCAUGGUUUAUGAGAACUGGUAUGGUAUAUGAAAUAUUACAAAAACAUGGAAAAUGCAGACCAGUACUGACAUCAGUGUCACAUCAGUUGCUAGUAUGAACGCAGUGUAAAAUUAUAAAUAUUCCCUUCUCUGUAAUGUUGUAAAUUUGACUUUGAAUAGAAGAUUUUAGAUGUAGUACACCAUGUUUUAGUUAUUGUUUUUUCCACAUUUCUACCUUGAUCUAGAAACAGACCCAGAAAGGGUAAAUUUCAAAAGGUUCUGAUUUCUCCUGCUGAACAAACAUGAAUUGGAUAAUUUCAAAUAAUUAUUUGAAAGAUAAUAUGAUUUGAUCAAUUUUUGGUGUUUUAAAAUACUUUUCACACUGAAAAAUCACAGACACACAAACACAGCUGUGUGUGUGUGUGUGUGUGUGUGUGUGUGUGUGUGUGUGUGUGUGUGUGUGUGUGUGUGUGUUUGUGUGUGUGUGUGCCAUUUGUCUGUAUAACUGCAUUCCAACAUGACUGAGUUUGUUGAUCUCUACCAAGAUCAUGUGAGGUGUAUCUGUUGUAUGUUAGUGUGUGUUGUCCUGAGGGUCUCAAAAUUCCUGUGUAUGAGAUCACAAGGUCUGAAGCUUUACACACACAAACUCUGUUAUACACGUAUUUUAUGUUCUAGCACACUCAUUCUCCCAUCGCAAGUACACACACUUGAUCAUUCUCACAUGAGGUUUGUUCCCUUUAUUUCAAAUCAGUUGACCAGUUUCAAAACUUCAGUAAUUUUUUAUUAUGCAAAAUAACAUUUUUUAAUUUUAUUAUGUACAUCUAACAAUGCUGUUGUUAUGUUGAAUGCAUGUUUCUGACUGAAGUGUGUCCUGUAUAUACCUUUGCAUGCAAGUGUGAGUGACGUCCCAUACCAAGGACCGUGCGAUUACUGUGAAAUAUUUAUAAGAGAGACGGAAAAAAAACCUUCCGAGUGUUUGAGUGCACGUUAGUAUUUAUCCAUGAGAAGGCUCAUACGAUACACACACACGGCAAUCGAAUGCACAUGUAUCACAAUGCACUGUAUGUAAAUAGGUGACAAAAUGGCCGGUACUUGCGUCCUCAAGUGAAAACUCUAAAGGGAGACUUGGUUCUUGGGCUUGAAAAAGGCACUACUGUACCACACACACACACACACACACACACACACACACAAACCUGAUAUAUGAAUUUUACUUCCAAAUCAUGAUAUUGUACUGUUAGAAAAAUAUCUUGGGUUUCCUGAGGUUCAACAAUAGUGAGAUUGCGCUUAUAUUCACUGAGGGGGAAACAUGAAGUCCACAUGUCUGCCGUGCUGAUCGGGGGGUCAGGGAAAAGCUAGCAAUUUUAAUAUUACCCAUGUAUGCCGAUUGCAAUCAAUAGAUUUAAACAAAUUCUAAUUGUUAGCUUGCUUCUUAAUUCCAAAGAUUUCAAAUUCCUGUUUUUUUAAGACAGCUGAAGCAUUUUAAUAUUUAUUUAAUUUUUACAUGGAUUCAGUCAUAACCUUUGUCUUUGUCAUUGAAUUCAGAUGACAUUCAGAUGACGAUAUUAGGGAGGAACUGCAUUGAUGCACAGUGCUUGGCCCCCUGUUUACUCAUCCCAACAAACAGAACUGAACUAAAAACUAGUUACUGAGAAUGAUUUAAAAACAUUCUGUUGAAAUCAUUCUGCUGUUGUGUCAACCGAUUAUUAUUAUUAUUAUUACUAUUAUUAUUAUUAUUAUUAUUAUUAUUAUUAUUAUUAUUAUUAUUAUUAUUAGAAAUGAGAUCUGACAUUUCAGCCAUGCUUCUGUGAAUUCUGUUUACAGGUUGGUUUUUUUUUGUAAUAUAAAUCUUUACCUGAAGGUUCCCAAAUGCAAGCUGCAACAUUAACAGAGCAUCUGUAAUAUUAACAAAGACUGUAUGUUAACUUUCAAUAAUCGAACCUUCAUGUAAAGUGCUAUCAGCUUUGGCUUCUUUUCUUUUUUGCUCAAAUCAGGCAGUUGCGCUUUUGGACAUUUGCUGACUUUAUGAUUUAAUCAGGGACAAGCUAUUUCAUUUGUCUGAAAUAAGCAUUGUGAAAAUCUGAUUGAUGAUUUUACAGAUGUCUUUAACUGUCUGUCAUAAUUAUCUUUUAGCGUCUGAAAGUCUGAGGGAAAAACAGGAUUCUCACUUUUCAUAGGUAUAGUCCAGGUCCAUCUUUCAGGAAUAGUGGUGAGUCUAGAGAGCCAUGAUUUCCUGGGUUUUGUGGAAAAUCAUGGGAUGUGUUAGUUUAUGCCAAUCCCCUACCAUUGAGCCACACAUUCACACAAGAGUAGUCCCUGAACAUCCUUCAUAGUCAAACAAGCCAUUGAGAUUUUGCUUUGAUGCCACAAAGUCAAUGGAGUUGCUGUUUUGUUUAAGUCACUUUAGUGUUGCGUUAUUCAUGUUUAAGUGCCUUAUAGUGAAACACCAGGGGCAUGGUUCAGUCUGUAUCUUCCCUUCUAUUAUGUUGCCAACAAUUUUGUUUUAAAGCUGUUAGUUAUAUGUCUUUUUUUUUUUUUUAAAUAAAUUCUGGACACGAGAAUAAAGUAUUAUAAUACAGAAUUGCCAAGUUCUCCUCACUCCAAACAGGAUAUAUCUUCAGCACGUUUUAGCAAACCAAAAACAAAAGGAAUUGCUCAAUGCCAGUCAGUCAGUAUAGACUUUGUUACAUGGGGAAGCUAGCUUAUUGUGCUAGGCGGAUGCCACUUUUACUGCACCUUUUUAGGGAAGAAUGGUUCGAGUGAACAAGAGAGAUUUCAUCACUCCAUGAAUCAUAAGUAAUGUUGUGAUGUAACUGGGCCACAACUAAAGCAGCCAUAUCGUCGCUAAGGCCCUAUGUGCAAAUAGGAAGAGGUUGUGAUGUGUACGCAAUUCUCUUAUUCACUACUGUUGCCAUUAGUUUUGUUUUAUAUUUAAGUAUGCAGUAAUUUUGUCUUUUGUACCGCAAAAUUUGCUGUAGUUCUGACGCAUAUUGCACUUUGUACAUUUUGUGGAAAUGAUGUACUGUGUGUAUAUUAUGGAAAUAAACGUUUUCCAUUCA